GGCCGCAUGAAUGAGCCGCCGCACGAGUACUACGCGCGCCUAUAAAAGCGGCGGCGCCCGCCGGACUGCGGGAGGGAAGCCGGCACCGGCGCGACGCGGCCCGCCAGCGCGGUGACUCAGCCUAGAUGGCCCCGAUUGACUGAGCCAGGGCGCCCACGACAGACAGACGCACGCCUCGGCCUGCGACUCUCUUGGAGCCCCCGCCCCGCAUGCUGCCCAGACACCCCUUCCCAGUCCGGUCCCGUCCCUUCGGGCUGUCCCACUGCGCCCAGGACUUCCCGCCUCUGCGAGCGGAGCUGUCCUCUCAGGACCAGGCGGGGGCGGGGCUUCGGCCAGGUCGCCCCGCUCCACCCCCACCGCCACCCCACUGCCGGAAGUGCCUCCCCGCUGGGACAUCUUUGACGUCACAGGACUCUGACGUCAACGGUCGCGUGCCUGCCCGCGCGCGCUUGGGCGGCGGGGGACGUGUGAAACAGCAGCGCCCCAGCCGCGGGCGACGGGACAUCCCCGCCCGGGCAGCGCGCCGGCACCUUGGCUCUAGACUGCUUACUGCCCGGGCCGCCCUCAGUAACAGUCUCCAGUCACGGCCACCGACGCCUGGCCCCGCCCCAGGACCGCCGACCCCGGGCCCCUCCGCGCCUCCCUACGCCGCUCAGCCGCUGUCCGCGGUGCUGAUGCGGCGCAGGAGCCUCCCUCGAGCCCUCCCGUCCAAGGUCCCGUGGGCUGCUGUGGGCGCUGGUCCCGCACACGCUCGCACACGCUCGCACAGCCCCCGCCGCCCCCGCCGCCCGCGGAGCUGACGUCAGCCUGGCAGUCCCGCCCCCGCGUCUCCAGGGCAACCGUGGCUUUCGAUUGUUACUGUGGGAACCGGAGGUAACAGUCUACAGCCAUGGUCGCCCCGCAGCACGCCCACGCUCCCCACCACGCCGAGUUCUGCCAGCUCGGGUUUGGGCAGAUGCAGAGCAAGAGGAGGCGGGGCGGCGACGCAACAUCCGAUGUGUCUGCGGGGGUGGCAGGAGGUGUGCUUAGACAGGCGGCCUGCAAGGCUGCUGCGCAUCCACCCAGGCACAGAAGCGAGCAAGGUCCGCGGAGUGUCUGACUGUCCUUCUCAGUGACUGUCCGGUCUUUCCAGUCGCGGUAUCUGCUACCUAAUGAAGGCGAGAAAAUGGGUUGCUCUGAGAUAAGAUUUCUUAUCUCCUAGGGGGUGGAGGACAGAAGAGACCAGGAGUCCUUCAAGAAGGAAGGAGGAAACACAUUUGCCUGCAAAAGACUAAAGGGAGCGGAGAGGGAAGUUUAUCACACCUUUCUUCCAGAAACUCCCAUGUGAACAGGCAGGGGCAGAGGGCACAGAAUCCAUUUCCUGAUAGAGCUACAACCUCCCUAUGACUCUGUCCCCCAGCUUUCUCCUGAGCCACGGAAGAUGAUUAAAGGGUCCUUUCCGGGCAGUGAGUGGUUGGCGCACGCCUUGAAUCUCAGCAGGCUGAUCUCUGUGAGUUGGAGGCCACCCUGGUCUACAGAGCAAGUUCCAGGCCAGCAAGUUCACCUGGUCCCUUGUCGGAACAUAUUAGCCUUCAGUUGGUCUCUUAAGUGUUGUAUCCAACUCGAGUUUCUCCUACGUGUCCUAGAAAGGAGUACCACAGAGGCUGAAGGUCGUACUCUGUGGCCAGGGCUGUUGAGGGACUCUGCUAGGGUACUGUCUUUCCUCAGAGCUUUAGAAAUCCCGGGUGUAACCGAGGCAGGAAACAAAUGGGAGGGAUAUUCUGAAGACAGACAAAUCUUUUGCAGAUUGAACCCAUCAGAAGAACAUGGUCAGAAGGUUGACUGUACAAUACUGUGAUUUUUUGGUAUCCUAGAAAGCAGUGCAAACCAUGCCCUCCUCCCCAACUUAUUUUACAGAUUGGAAAGCUGAGGUCAACGUUGGGUAUUUAGCCUAUAGUGAGUGGUAGUUUCUGCUUGCUUUCUACGGGGCAGCAGAGAAGCCACCAAAGCCAGGAGCAGUGGUAUUUACUCGCAGUUCCAGAUACUCAGGAGGUUGAGGCAAGAGAGCCCUUGAUCCGAGAAGCUCCAGGCUAGCUUAGGCAAUAAGUAUAGUGAGAUCCUCUGUGUCUCAACAAUGAGGAGGCAGGCAAGUGAUGGUAACGGGCAAGAAUGUGAACUUUUGGGUCUGAAUCAUCCAAUCUUGAGUAAGUACUUAAACAUUCUGAGCCUGUUUCCUCAAUUGUAAAUUCGGUUAUUAGGUUUAUAACAGUACUUACUUGAUGGCAUUACAAAAUGAAAUUAGGCAAUGGGGGGGUGAACUGGCCAUAGAGCUCUGUGGUGCAGUCUGUAUUUAGCAUGCCCAAGGUCCUGUGAUCUGUGGCACCAAAAAUAAAUGAGUUUAUAAGCCAUGUUAAUUCAUGCUUUUGAAUCCCAGCACUUGACAGAAAUAAGUGGAUUUCUGAGUUCGAGGCUAGCCAGGACUACAGUGAGACCCUGUCUCAAAAAUAAAUUAGAUGAUGAGUUGCUACUUGUUCCAUUAUCUGGUAUAGUUAUUUCUCAGUAAAUAUUAUUUCUAGCCUCUGGCUCUUAUUUGCCUGGGCUAUAAAUUGAAAGGGUUUUUUUUUUUUGUUUUGUUUGCUUUUGUUGGCAGUGUUUCUAGCUGGGCAGUGGUGGUGCAAUCCUUUAAUCCCAGCACUCCGGAGGCAGAAACAGGCGGAUCUCUGCGAAUUUGAGGCCAACUUGGUCCACAGAGCAAAUUCCAGGACAGGCUCCAAAGCUAGAGAGAAACCUUGUUUCAAAAAUCAAAAUAAAAAAAGCUCAACAGUGUUUAUAUAACACUCCUGGAACUCUCUCUGUAGACCAGGCUGGCCUUGAACUCACAGAGAUCCACCUGCCUUUGCCUCCUGAGUGCUGGGAUCAAAGGCUUGUGCCACCACACCCACUCCACUAAUUUGAAAAUCUUAGAACAAUGAUUCCUCGGGGGCCUGCUGUAUUUCCUCCCCAGAGGGUUCUGAGUCACAUCAGAGGCUCUUUCCUAAUAACACAUAUUUACCAGGGGCUUAAAAUUCUACCCAGGGCUGUAGUUUUCAAGUACCUACCUCAGGAAUGACCAGGGGUAGUUUAUCACAUAGAUCUGUAGUUUGCUCUAGGAAUUGCAAGUUUAACAAAUGUUCCUCGUGUAAGUGGUCCACAGGAUGUGCAUGUGGACAGCUUGGGGUUCAGUCUGCAUGGUGAGAGGUGACACCCUACUUGUUGGCAGUCACAGCCAUUCCGAUUACUCCAAGCAUGAGCACUUCUGUUUCACCUAAUAUGGCUCUGCCUGAGCCCCCUCCUUCCUUUUUCCUGGUAGAGCCAGAGCCUAAGGACCACUUAUGUGGAUCUUUAUUUAGAGGACUCCCAAGGAAUGCAAGUCAUCCUUUCCCCAGCUUGGAACCCACCUAAAGGGGGCAGCCUAUGACUGCCAGAGAAUCUGAGUACUUAUUGAUUUGCAGAUCCAUCUAUUUGCAGAAAAGCAAAGACUACUAAUGGGCCAGAGCCAAUAGGUUUAUAUGUGUAAUCCCAUCUGUGUCGAUCUCCUUUUGUCAAGGAAGCAACCCCUGGAAGACUAGAACAAGGCAGAGACACCAACUACCCACCCAGCUUUGUUGCAAAUGGUUCUAAACCAGUAAACUGGCCUUUGGGUAUAA